AUGCAAUUCCUGUCUUCUGAGGGAGUCCCGGAUCUCUGCAGCGUGUUUGAUAUCAUCAACACAGAAGGCGGUGGGGAUAUUCUUUUCUGCUUCACAACGACCUUGAUGCGCAUGGAGCCCCAGGAGAUAUUUCUCAACAUCUCCGGCAUCCUAAAAUCGGGACACAAGAAAAUAGAUACCCCAGUAGAUGGCACAGGUGCAGGUGUCUUUGCCCUUUCCCUUCUCCUGGCGGAUCUCCUUCCGUGCCUGGACAAUGUGCUGGCCAGCUAUGACCUCAUACUUCUAUUGUAUCUCACGCUCGACUCUGAGGUCGCCGCAACAAUGGAUGUGACUUCCAGAGGUGAUGGAGGGGAGAUCGUUAAGGUGAAGGGGGAAUCUUGUGAACAUUCUCCUGAAUGCUGA